GGGCGAACUCCUUUGGCGGCGGAUUCAAACGUUCGGGCUGGGGUAUCGGGCCUGAAGGAGUGUCCCAGCGGCUGGGUGCUUCCUGCAGUCCGUUCGGGUGUGAAUUUCAGUGCGGUGCCAGGAGGAUCUUGGUAGCGAAGGCGGCUAGUGCCUGAGGGAGAGAAUGGCGCCCUCGACCACAGUCUCCCAGAGAAAGAAGAUAAAACGGAAGGCCCCCCGGGGCUUUCUUAAGCGCGUCUUCAAGCGACAGAAGCCUCACCUUCGUCUAGAGACAAGUGGCGACUUACUGGUGCACCUGAAUUGUUUACUGUUUGUUCAGCGUUUAGCAGAAGAGACCAGGAUGAGUGCUUUUGAGAAUAAGUGUGGCGUCAUUAAAAAGGAGCAUGUACAGGCUGCAGCAAAGGUAAUUCUAAAGAAGAGCAGAGGUUAGAAGUCAAAGAACCAUUUUUGAAAAUUAUAUGAUGUAUUAUUUUAGGUGGUAACAGAUCUUGAAAGCACUUUUUAUAUAUCAGCUAAAUUGUAUAUUAAAAUAUUGGCUAGUUGUGGA